UGUUCAGUUUGACCUGAGAUGUCGACGGAGAAGCUGCUACUCAUUCGGUCUGCCAGGCAGGUCGUCACAAUCACCGAUGAUCCCAAAGUGACCAGGCUCGUCGGCAGAGAAAUGAGCGCCGUCGCCACCAAGGAUGGCGCCGUUUCCAUCGUUGUUGACAACAACGGGAUGAUCGAGUUUGUCGGGUCCGACGACGAAAUGAGAGAGAAAUACUCCAGCGUGAGGUUCAGCCGUGAAAUCGACGCUUCGCAAUACGUGGUGUUGCCAGGAUUUGUAGACACGCACACGCACCCCGUUUGGGCCGGCGACCGGGUCAACGAGUUUGCCAUGAAACUCGCUGGUGCGACGUAUCUGGAGAUCCACGCGAGCGGCGGCGGCAUUUUCUUCACGGUGGACAAGACGAAGGAAGCCUCUGACCAGCAACUGGAGGAUCUGCUCUGCGAACGGCUGGGCAAGAUGCUGAGGUCGGGCAGCACCACCGUCGAGUGCAAGUCCGGCUACGGCCUCGACCUGGACAGCGAAAUGCGCUUGCUGAGGAUCAUCGAGGCCGCCAAACGAAGGGUCUGCAACGAGAUUUCCUCCACUUACUGCGGAGCCCACGCCGUUCCCAAGGGUUUGAGCCCGGAGGAAGCGACCGAAGACAUUUUGCAAAGGCAAAUUCCCGAGCUGAAGAGGCUGAUGGAGGAGAAAAUUUUGACAGUGGAGAACAUCGACGUCUUCUGCGAGAAAGGUGUUUACACGACCGAGCAAAGCAAACGCAUCCUUGAAGCAGGCAAGGCAAUUGGUCUCAAGGUCAAUUUCCACGGUGAUGAGCUGUACCCGACCAAAAGUGCAGAGAUGGGAGCCGGCGUCGGAGCGUUGGCAAUCAGCCACUUGGAGGAAAUCAGCGAGCAGGGCAUUGCAGACAUGGCUGCCAAUAAUUGCGUGGCCGUCAUCCUGCCAACCACCGCCUACGCAAUGCGCUUGAAGCCGCCGCCGGUCAGAAAACUCAUUCAGCAGGGGGUAGCCGUCGCCCUUGGAACCGACUUCAACCCCAACGCCUACUGCUACGCAAUGCCCGUGGUGAUGAACCUGGCGUGCGUAACACUCGGCAUGUCGAUGCCCGAAGCCCUGAUUUCCACGACGCUGAACGCGGCCGCGUCUCUGGAUAGGGGCCACACCCACGGCUCCAUCACCGCCGGCAAAUUCGCAGACUUUCUUCUCGUCAGGGCACCAAGGUGGGAGCACAUUAUCUACCAGCUGGGCGCACAUGAGGACUUGAUCGACGUCGUCGUGAAAGGCGGCAGAGUGGUGUUUGAAAAGUAAAAAAACACAGCGCGCGUAUCGCUAAAGGCAGUUCCCAAUUUUAAUCAGAAAACUGGAGAAAUAAAGCUCUGUUCUUGUUCGAGAAA